AUGCAACAAACGCAAAUCUCUCGAUCAUCAUCCUCCGAUCGGUUAAGUAAUUCAACUUCCUCUCGAGUUGUAAUUCAAAAUGACCAAACAUUACCGUUGAAUAUCAUGCCAUCGUCAGUUGUAACAACUAGAACUCAAUCUACAACUUAUACACAAACUAUUCAAGGCAUUCCAUCAUCAUUUCCAUCGAAAUCUAUUCCAUCAUUUGCUGAAACUCAAGUAUUAUCUGUUUACUAUCCAACUAAAACUCCAAUACCUCCAUCCAAUAAUGAUAAAUGUACAUUUUAUGAACAACAAGACCGUGAGCCAAUGCGUUAUCGUCUGUCGUAUGAUCCAUUGUCGCUAACAAAAUCAACUCAAACAUCCCUAUCAUCAACACCAUUAUCAACACAUAGCUCAACAUUAAUUAUUCAUGCAAAUGAUAAACGUAAUCCUAAUUAUAAACAAUGUGUUAAACUUCAUUCAGGUAGUCAAAAUCUAUCAAAUGAUAUUAUAAAUCAAACGGCAUCACCCAAUGAACUUCUCGAAGAAUCACAGUAUUCCUAUGAAGAAUAUAUUUUAGAUGUUGAUGACAAACAAAAUCGAGCCGCAUCAGCAUCAUCUUCCGAUUCAUCGGCCACAACUGUUAUUACUCAAAAUAAUGAGCUCAAUUCUUCGAAUCGAGAAAAAUCGGUUGUUAUCAAUAAUCAACGAAUAUCUAGUUGGCCGCCUGUUCCAGAUGAUGUUGUAGCUAUAGAUGUUCAAUAUGAAAAUGAUGAAAAAAUACGUUUAUCACAAUCACAAGUUUCUGAUAGGUCAGCUCGCGUAAUACCAAUAUUGGUAACAAGUAAUCUUAUUGAAAAAACGAAUGUAACAUCAAAUAAUCUUCCUCGUAUAAGUACGAAUGAAAAAAAUCCAUUAACUCCUAAUAAUUCACAUCCAGUGAAUCAAUCAAAAUGGCUUCAAAAUCAUAUAGAUAAAUCUGACGUUCAAACUAAUACAACAUCAAGUCGUGUGAAUACAUUACGUUCAAUAUUUGAACAGUCCAAUGCGUCGUCAUCAGGUUCAUCAACAUCAGCAAGUCCGAUGAAUCAACGACGUCGAAUAGAAUCAGAAGAAAGUUUAGCUAAGUAUGGUGAUGAAAUUCGUUUUCGUACAAAAGAUUUGAAAACAUCAAUGAUUCAUCGUGCAGAACCAGCUCGAAUUAUUCCAUGUGAAACUGGUUCAUCUGUUCGUAAUACAAAAGACGAUCAAUCGACAUCACCAUUUACACUUGAUCAAAUACAAGAGAUUACUGGUAAACAAUUGAAAGGUCUUAACGAUGCUGGGCAGUAUUUACAGGAUGGACAUACAUGGCAAUGGAAUGAAAUCUUUUGGUUAAGUUUAACAAAUUCUCAACGAGAUCAAUUAAAAACUCUUGAAUAUGAAUUACAUAAAAAUAAACACGACACAAGACUAUCUUCGUCACUUGAUGACACAAAACCAUAUAAAUCCACCAUAAAUGUAACCGGAGCUGGAGCAUGGCAACAACAAAAUUCAUCGACUGGCUUCACCAAAUAUUCUAGAUUACAUACAAUCAAUGAAACACAUCCAGCUGUUAGUGUUCUUGAUGCAAGUCCUUCAAAACUGAACUCACAAGAUUCCAUUAAUCAGAAGACAGAUCUUCAAAGAGAAACUAUUGAAAAAUCAUCUUCAGCGUCUGUUCACCAAGCUCAAAUUGAUCCACUAAGCUAUGAACAAUUCAUCUAUGAUUAUCUAACAACACAUGGAAAGCAUCUACGUUCUAAUAAUAAUUCGCUAAUUCUUUCUAUUGAUGAUCAACAAAUUUAUUUACCUUCGUCAUACGAUCCAUCGAAUUUAACAAAACAUCUUUAUAUCGAUCAAGAUUUAAUACCAUUCGAAACUGUGACCAAUCAAUUAGUUAUAUUUGUAUACGGAGAACCCAUUCUACUACCAGUCGAUCGAUGGUCAUUCUAUCGAAAAAAAUAUCAAAAUGCACAAUGGAUACGUACACUUAAACGUAUCAACCAAAACAUACCAUCACAAUUAAUCUCAACCAUUGAACAAUGGCUUGCUGCUCAUACAACAUUAACUUUGGAUACGCAUACGAUAGAUGUAGAUGGAUUAACUAUUCCACUGAAAGGUGCAUUAGGUUUACAAUUACAUGAAACUCAACAAUUGGAAAUCAAUUAUUGGAAUGAAUUAUUUAACUAUCUCAUUCGUAUGGGCUAUGUUUCCUAUGAUAUGAAUGAAAAAAUUGUUUCUAUAGCUAAUAGUGAACUUGAUGUUCGGCGGGUUUUGAUAGCUCGGUCAUUGGAACUGAUUGAACGCGUAGCACGAUAUCUUCGAACAUUAAAUAAUAUUCACGUUGAAAAUGAUGAUUUGUUCUUAACGGAAAAUUUCGUUUUACCCAAGGAAUAUAUUCUUCCUUUAUUGAUGAAAUACGAUCAAGAAAAAAAUUUUAGUGCUAAUGAAUUAGCCGCUCUUCUACUAGAAAUAUCUUAUAUUGUUGAAGAUGAAACAAAUCAAAACAUUAUUUUAACAUUUAAUAAUCAAACAUUAGAAGUAAUUCAUUAUGAAAAUCAUAUGGAUACAUUAAUACAAUGGCUUAAUGGAUUAAAUCAACAGAAAUCAAUUGAAAUAACCGAACAAAACGAUAUUUUUAUUCAUGCUACAAAUGAACAAAAUCAACAACAAAAAAUAUUCAUUAAACAUGAACACAUCGAUGCUUAUAUGAAAACUAAACAUAAUAAUAAAAUAGUCGAUAUUGUCGAUAUCGAUGAUAUAGCAAAUAUUUUAUGUUCAUAUAAUUAUGUUCAAUAUUCAUCGGGUCAAUUAAUAUUUCCUAUACAAAAUAUUAUAUUAAACACAAAUGAAUUACGUUGGUUACAAUCGAUUCUACAUUCGAUUCAACCUAACGAACAAACCAAACAAAGUGAUAUAGAAUUAUUCGAUGAACAUGACGCACAAAUACUUCGAAUACCUUUCAAAUAUAUGUCUCCAACAAAUGAUAGACAAAUUGUAGCAAAUUAUUUAUUUCAAAAUGGCCUUAUUCAAUACGAUAUCAACACCGGACAUUACACUUAUCGCUACAUACCACCCGAUGAAUCUAGUCCUACGACAGAAGAAUAUACAAAUCAAAAUCAACUACUAUCUUCACAGAUUCGAGAGAUUCAUGUAGAUAAAACGAAUCAAUCUAUUCAACUGGAAUUUGUUCAUGAGCCAAAUCAUUAUCUUUUAUUACCUUCGAAUUGGUAUAAAAAUAUUUUAGAACAUCAAUUUAAUCGUUCGCAUAUCAUCGAUAUGUUGUUAACAAAUGGUGGUAGUUUCGAUCAAGAAGACAAUUUUAUUUUUAAUGGUCGUUCAUAUUCGUUAAAACCUUCGAAUGAACACACACUAGACGCAGAAAUAAAGCAAAAAAAAAAUCUUAUCGAUUAUUAUGUUGAAUAUAUAGACAAUCAAGGUGAAAUAAAAUAUGAUAGUGUAAAUCGUAUUAUCAUAUUAGAGAAUCUCGUCGAUGGUUCGAAGUUAUAUUUAACACCCGAACAUACAGAAUUUCUACAGAAAAAUAAAUUUCGAGGAGACGAUAUGAAAUAUUUACUAAUGAAACAUAGUCAAGUAAAACAAGAUGAAUUUCAAAAUUGGUUACUCUAUUACAAUAAUCAAUCUGUUCGGAUUCCAUCGUUGAACGUUGAAAAUAAAAAUCAAGCCGAAUUAUAUGAUCAUUAUCAUCGAAUUAUUGAUUAUAUGUAUAAUCAUAAUUUAAUAAUUUAUGAUAAACGUUUGAAAUUAAUUCAAAUACAUUUUUCUAAUCAAACAUUAACAAUACCAUUGAAUCAAUUACAAUCGAUAGUCAAUCUAAAAUCUGAUCAAAUCCUACCCUUUACCAGUUAUCAAUUCUCACAAUGGCUAUUGAAAAAUUCUGAUCAGAUUAAUUAUUUAAAUAACGAACACAUACAAAUUAUGUAUAAAGAUAAGUUCUAUCGUUUGCCAUUGGAUGUUUCCGAAUAUCAAUCUUUUGCACAUGAAGAAGAAUCGAUCGAUUCAAAAUUAAAAUUAAUUUUUCCAUUUAAUACAUCUUUACGACUUAUACAAAAAACACCAUCGACAACAACAUUAGAUAUCGAAGCACCGUCGAUGGAAAACAAUUAUUCUGUUGAUCCAUUAUUAAUGCUUGCUAAUUAUAUACAUCGUGCCGGAACAGUAUAUCAAGAUGAUUUAGGUCGUUUAAUUAUAAAAAUGAAUCACAAUGAAAUUGUUGUACCACGCAUUGAAGCUAUAAAUGCUAUUGAAGCUAUAAAUGCAUCACCACAACGUACUGGAACUAUCAUUACACGUUUAAUUGCUCGUAUUGGAAAAGUCGAAUCGAAUAAAAUGGGAGGAUUAUUGAUUACCGUUGGUAAAAGCGCAUUUGAAUUACCAAAAGAAGCUAUUGAUCGUUCAAAUAAAAUACCCAUUGAAAAUGAUUCGAAAUUUAAAAAUCCACCUUUAACAACACGUCGUCAGCAAACAACUAGAUCCCCUAUUUUGCCAUUAUUACAACAUUCUAAAUCAGCCAGUAACUUAUCAUCGGCGAGUACGGAAGAACAAUCAUGGUUUAAUGAUGAUCAGCAAAUUCGCUAUUCGAAAGAUGGUCGUGGUGAUGCAAGAUAUUUAAAUUUAAAUCAGCUGAAUAACUUCGAACAAAAGGAUACACGCAAUCAAUCCAGUUCAGAUUUAAAACCAUGCUUACUGAUUAUACCCGAUGAUGAGAAAGCACUAGCUUCAAAUCGUACAGUACGUUUCUAUAUUCAAUAUAUUAAUGAACGUGAUUCGACAUCGAAUAGUAAUUUAAAUUCAUUGAUGAAGUCGUCAAGUGAAUAUUCAGGCCAAGUAACAUCAGCACAACUCAUUUUUCCGCAAAAUUAUCAAAAUAUUGCACUUCGACAAGCACCUGUUUAUGUUUAUAAACAAGGUGACAAUAAAAUUUAUUAUGAAAAUCUUGCUAAAUAUUUAUCUAUCGAACAAACUUAUCUAUCGCCACGUAUUGUUCGUCGUAUGUUAAAAUUUACAUCUGCCAAUGAAUUUUUCGCUUAUUUAAAUAAGAAAAUGUCAGCAAACUAUGCUGAACAACUUGUUCAACAAAGCGAAGAGCAAAAUAAUCAACUAAGAUCAAGAUCACAAGAUAACUUGAAUAAAAUGCAAAAUAUAGCAACAAAAUUUUCAUCGAAUAACUAUGAACAACGUCGAUCACCACAAUCAACGAAUGGUACAGGUGAUCAAAGUUUAAUAGCGUCAGACAAAACUGUCACAUUGCCGCGAAGUGUAACUUUAUCCGGACAGAGUAAUGAUGGAGAAAGUGAAAGUCGUGUAACUGUUUCGCGUAGUGCUAGUGCUGUCGCAAGUACGAAAGUGGUUACAAGUAAAUCUGAUACAAUAAAAUCAACUACAUCAUCGUCAACACCCUCAAGUCGAGAGAAUCCAACUGUAUUAUCAUCAGCAACAGUGACUCGAUCGAAAAGUUUGGUCUCACCAAAUCGUACAAAUGGUACCAAAGGUGCAGAAGAAGAAGUAAAAAAGGAGAAAAAAUCUAAAUUUCGAACACCAUCAUUUCUCCGAAAACGUAAAGAAAAGAAAGAAGCUGCUAACAAAGAUAAAAGUGAAAAAUGA